GUCGCCCGCGCGAGGAGGAGCCCAGCCAGCGUCCCUGCACCUCCCUGCCUGCCUCCUGCCCGCCCCCUUCCCUCCGCCCUAGCUCGGCCUGCCCGGAAGUUCAAUCGGCCUCGAAGAGUCGCUUCCGCCCGCCGCCGCCGCAAGAAAAAAGGAGAGAUAAAAAAGGUCAGAGUGAUAGUAGGGGAACCACCUUCUGGCAUGGACUGGGGAUCCCUAUAGAACAGGCGGAGUGUCACGGCGUGUCCGCGCGCGAGUGAACGGAGAACAGCGGCAGCGGCGGCAGCCGGGGGCGGAAGGGCAGGAAGUCGGCUACCUUCGCCUCUGCUGCAGCCCGAGGGGUGUUUUGUGUUGAGGCGCCUCUUUCGUGGCAUUUGCCAUGCAAGGUGAAUGUCUACUCAGAAGUAAACCGCACUGAGCUCAAUAGGGCUUGUGCGUUUAGAGAUCGCAAGCCCUAGUUAUAUGGACAUUAGCGACAUUAGCUUAUCUGCAUAUCCUGGUUUCUACUGUAAUCGUUCUACCUGCAUCUUGAUGACAUGCCUCAUCUGUGUAGUACCGCGAUGGAAACCUUUGCUGGUGAGGUUUCAUUUCGUUAAUAAAGACUGUGUUUUGUUUUAAAAAAAGACUGAAUCGGUUUUUUAAGCAAGCGAGUUAUUUUAAGUCAUUAUUAACUUCAGUCACCGCCUGCACUGUGGAGAUCGUGAGGUUUGCUCAGGAUUGUGAUAUAAUCACUUUCAGGUACAAUCCACUCACUUGCAGCCACUCCGAAGUUGAAUGAAUUGUGGCAAGGUGAUAAAUAGAGUCCAAAUCAGCACCGUGAGAGCGGACUAUAGUAAACUCUCGCUAUAGCUCUCAGCUACCCCAUCUUCAGGGAAGGGGGCAAUGAGCAAUGGACAUUUUGUAGGGCAUUUAAAAAACCCUUUAAAAUAAAAUAACCCAAAGAAGACUUGACGUUGGAGAAACUUAAACUUAGUCCUUCCUUCUAGAGGAAGACGCGCGUUGCUCCCAAAUCACUGCACCGAAAAAAGCCGGAACGUCUCCCUUGUUGCUGCCUUAUGAGCAACUGCCUUUUUACCACUCUGAAGGUAAAUACGUAGUCAAGGCGUCAAAAAUAGCCAGGAAAUCCGGUCUGCAGGCAAAGGAACAGUCUAAACUCCCUUAUGGUUGUCUCCUAUUCUAUAUAACCCGCUGCUAGUCGCCGCAGGCAGCGAGUGCCGCCUGACGGCUGUCUGCUGAAAAAGCAGCUUUUCGAAUCCACCUAUGAACUGAUCUGUAUGGAGGGAAGUCGAGCAUCUACACACGGAAAUGCAACGCAGUAUCUUGCCCCUUAACAAGCUGUUCAAGUGACAAGGCUUAUGGGUCAGUUACUUCAUGAGGGGUGGGGAGUGUGUGUUUUAAUUCAAUAUAUUUUGACAUCCUGGCUAGGAUCUAAGAAAAGCAGGAACUAGUUUAAUAAGCCCAUGCAAAAUCUGUUUGCUUUAAACACCAGCUCCCCAUGCUGCAAAUCAAGCAGGUUUUGGUUUUGUUUUAAUUAAGAGUUGAUCACUUCUCUGGUCCUUUUGCCUACUUGCGUUAUUCUCACCAGGGUGGUGGCUUUGAUUUGCCUUCCCGUGAUUGAUCUGUGUACACGGCUUUGUGUUUCCAACUCAAGACUCAUUGGAAAACAUCUCAUCCAGUUCAAGCUUUGAAAAACAGCUUUGAAAAACUUUUUCAUAUUCUCCAGUGUGCUACCCUUGCCAUUGUGGCGGCACGGGGUUGCCGUUCCGUGAUAGGACUUACGCUACGUGUUGAACGGUUCAUUUAUCCAAUCUGUAUAACGUUUACUGUACAUGUAACUUGUUAAGAUAGAGUUGUACAUUUAUCCAUUCCAUGUUUACAGUAUCUCCAGGCUUUGUCUUGCACAUGGCACCUUAGCAUGUUUGUUGUUUGAAUAGUUAUAGCCUAUCUCUACUCUAGCUAUUGUUCUAGUAAAUUUGGUUUUAUAACUUAUAAGCCAGUUUGUGGUGUUGUUGUUUUCCUGCAUGGCCCAACCAGCUCUUUUGGACCACUCUCUUUCAUCCCACAUAACUCCUCCCACUUGUCUGAUAGGCCAGCUCUGCUAGGAAACAUAUUAGUAAGCUUCAUUGAUGCUCCCCUUAUCCUUAGCCAACUGCCUCAUAGACCCUGAUGGCAACAUCCACCCACCUGUGCACCUUGAGAGGCCUACCUGAGUGAGUAAAAGUAGAGAGCCCACUGCCCCUGAGGUUAUCACGCUGCCUCUCUCCUCCCUAGGACCAUCAGAAGCCAAGCCAAAUUAGGCCUCCUCUCCUCCAUUAUUUAGUGGCCUUUCCUCAUAAGCUCAAAAGUUGGAUCUCUCUCUCCAAAAGUUGGAUCUCCAACAGCCCCCUGGCCUUUUUACCUGCCGUUUAGUCUGUAGCAACUCCUUCGCUGGAGGCUGGCUCUUCCCUUGGAGAACGUUUUCCUGCUUAUGCACUCCUUUUCCCGCUCAUGCACUGUCAAUCAUGUUACCAAGCAGCAGCUGUGCUUGGCUUUGUGUUUGUUUUGUGCUGCCAGACAUUUCUAACCUUGUGACUAGUUCAUGUGGCAGUUUUUUCCUUCUGCCUAGAGCCUUUCCAUGCACAAUUGUUUCCCCGUUUCGUUCGCCCCGACUUCUCACUAUUAAUCUCAAGUGUUGUAAGCGGGCCAGGUGGGAUGUUUUGAGAAUGGGUAGCAUAAUUAGCCUGCGUUUGUUCUCCCUGUGACCUUGCAUAUCUCACGAGUGCCUUUUGCUUCACCAUAUGUAGGUAAGCUCUGUUGGUUACUUCCCCUUUUGAUCUGGCAGCAGCGGCAUGCCUGUCACAGCUACUGCUUUGGGAUGGAAUUCUGCAAACAGCUGUCAGAUAAGAGAUGGAUUGGUGUGCUGGCUGGCGAUAUCACAAAGGCACUGAAGUUGCCACCCACCUCUGCGGCUCUGAAGUGGCUCACCCUAGAUGCAAUUCCUGGAGAAAGAGAUAUGAAAGGGUCUCUCUGGGGUCAGUGGUUGUAGAUUACUCAAGCACGGAAUAUUAUUUAUCUUUCCUAAAGCUUUUAAACAAGCAGUACUACUUCUGCGCACACUACUGAAGAGGACAGGCUCACAUUAGUGUUGUAUACUCCACUUCUCCAAGCACUGAGAUGUAGGAGCACAGACCAAGAUUUAGAAGGCUACUGCAAAGUUAUUGGCGUUUUAUGUUUGAGGGUGGGCUUUUUGUGUUUUUUUACACAAAUAUACAGGUUGAAGGUAGGUGGAGGUAUAGCUUAAACAUUCCAACAGACAAUCAGAGUUCACUGUUUCCACAUCAGAUCUUUAAGGAUACAGCCAGCACCACAAAAUGCUGUUAAUUCAGAGUCCAAUAAAUCGGGUACAGUAUCUCUGUUUUCCCCCAAACCAUAGUUUGUCUUCACAAGCUGGCUAUUUCUUGCACAGAAUCCAAAUGAUUCUCCAGUUACUUCCUAGGCUAUUUAUCUGUAAUUUCCCUAACAAAGGAGAUACUUGCCAGGGCCAUCCUGUCUAAACCCCAAAGCUUCAAACCCUAGAAAGUUGGAAUAGCUAUCAGGCAAACAAGACUAUGUUUCUUUUAAUCAGGGGUGACCUGGUGGAGGAGAGAGUCUAGUCUUUUGCAUCACGCCUUAGUUUCUCAAUCCCCUUUAAAAAACAAAAAACAAACACACAAUCAAUUUCCCUGCAGGGCAGCUUUCUCUUUGAAAGUCUGCUUAAAUUUGCAUAUAUAUACACACACACAUACACACACAUCUGCAUAUACAAAUUUGUAUCAUGCGUUUGUGUCAAAGAACUUGGUGACACCUCUGCUUUCAAGACCAUAUUAGUAUUUGAGAAUGUGUCCAUUAGUAGAAAUCUGAAACACAGCCUUAGUUGCACAAGCUCAUAUUAAAUGGUAUUUCAAGCAAAGCCAUUGGGGUUUAAACAUACAUCCAAAUUGUUAAACAACAUUCAUUAUAACAGGCAUAGACAAAUGUCUCCAAAAUUGCAUCAGCUUCCUUCCCUUUCAGGGAUCUGUCCUAGGCAUAGCCUAGUUAACACACCAAGCCCUUUUUCCUGGCUUGGCUUUCGAUUUCAUUCUAAUUAAACAGAACUCAUCCUUUUAAAAUAAAUAUGUUGAGAAAAUGUAAGAACAUCGCUAUAAUAAAAGAUCCAACAAAAGUGUGUAUGUGUGUUUAUCACGUUUUGAGGGAGGGUGACAAUCUUCUUUUAGAUUGACAGCAGGUGGUUAAAACUGUGGAGUAAAACAAGGAACAAGUUGUAAAUCAUACCGUUUGACAACUAUUCUUCAGAUGCAAAACUGAUGUGAUUAUACACAAUAGAUAUGUGAGCUGUGGAACGAAGCUACUGUUUUAGUAUGGAGUGUCAUAUUCAAAGUGUUUGAAACUGUUUAUAUGUGUUCUCCAGCUGAAAUACCAUCACGCUAGCAGGAGCUCAAGUGAACUCAGUGCUAUGUACAGUAUAAAUAAUCCCCAUAUUUUGAGCUGCAAGCAUCAUGACCAGCUGAUAUUUUCUUUCCUCAGCACCAGCUGUUCCCUAGGAGUGUCUGGCUGGAGCCAUUCUAUCUUCCUGACAUAUUUUGGAGCUGUAUCUAAACACUGACAAAGCCUCUUGUGCAGCAAUGACUGUCGUAGAGGAAAAUCGUCCUUUUGCCCAACAACUAUCCAAUGUCUACUUUACGAUACUUUCACUUUUCUGCUUUAAGCUUUUUGUGAAAAUCAGCCUCGCAAUACUCAGCCAUUUCUAUAUUGUAAAAGGGAACCGUAAAGAGGCAGCAAGAAUAGCUGCUGAGUUUUAUGGACUUCCUCAAGAACAAGGUACGCUUUUGUUUCCUUUAUCACCUUUGUCAUUUCUUGUUAUUGAGCUGCUAACUUUUAUAAGUCUUUUCUUUAAGCAAACUAAUCUGUAAUUUUCCAUAAUCUUUAGGCAACCUGUUACUGACCAGAUUUUCCCACUUUAUUUUCACAUUGAAUAGUAUUUCAUAGAAUCAGAAUUGUAAAGUUGGAAGGGACCACGAGAGUUGUCUAGUCCAGCCCUUGCAAUGCAGGAAUCUGUCGCCCAACAUGGGGCUUGAACCCAUUACCCUGAGAUUAAAAGUUUCAUGUUCUACCAACUGAGCUAUAGGCUGUCUUAUGAUUACUUUUAAAGCAGAUUCAAUCUAACAUGAAUAAAAUGGUAAAUUAGUAAAUUAAAAUUGUGAAAUUAAUCUUCAUUUGCUAUGGUUCUGUUUUUAUCAAAUGGAGGAAGGAAAAUGCUGGCUGACAUUCAUAAUGCUUGCAUAGGGUAACUACAGCUCCUUGUUUACCAAGAUUAUUUGUGCCAUAACACUAUCCAACUUUUAAUGCAAAACUAUAAUAUAGAGUGGAACCUGAUUCUUAACAUUUUUGAAGAUAGUAGUAAAAUCCAUUUUUCAUCUGGUUUAUAAAAUUUCAAACAUUUAUAUUAUGAAGAUGCGAUAUUUUUUGUAAAUGUGUUCAAAAGCGUAUAUAUAUGUCAUAAGCUAAGCAUAUAUAGAGCUCGCUUUUCUUAGGCCUCAGCAUUCAGCAAUUCACUCCUAAGUAAUAUGCAAUUGCGGUCUAUAUGAGUAAGGGGCGGCUGCACUGCAGCAUUUGUGUGUUGUUAGUCAGCUUUGAGUUCUUUAUACUCAAAAUCCCAGAAGUAUGUGUGUCAAAGGAGGCCAUCAGUUCUAAACAAAUGGGUACGAGAUUUUACAUUAUGAGAUUUAUGAUCACUUGAUUCUUUGGUGCAGCCAGGUUUAAAGAUUUCGGGUUCUGCCCAUGAUAUUGCAGGAGCCAGAGGUGUUGCUGGUGCCAAGGAUUGUCCAAGUCCAGGAAAGAUUCUUAUCUGGCGGCAAGGCCAGAAGUAAUCAUUUGGCAUCCCUUGACCCAGCAAAUUAUUAACAUAAUCCUGCAACCAGUGGCAGAGCUUCAUGCUCCGGCACCAGGGGACGGAGAGCAGGCAGGGCAGGGCGGGGCUGGUGUGCAUCCCAGGGGCGUGGCACGCGCCCUGGGGGUGUGGCACACCGGCUGCGAGGGGAUGGCGCCCAGCACAGGCGGGGGGGGGCAGUCACUAUGACACCCCACCGGGAUCGCACUGCCAGGGGCGGGGCGGGGCGCUCCCCCCACACUCCUCUUCCUCUGCCAGUGCCUGCAACUGCCUCCUCCCUACAAACUGCUUGUGAUGUUUAAUUAUCAAUUGGGAAUGGUUUAAUGCCAACUCACAGGUUGUUGUCCCAGCUAUCAUGAUCCCAAAUACUAUGUUUAAAGAAAGAAGUUCAUUUUCAAUGUGGUGUAUUUCCUCCUGAGUAUAUGCAGGGGUGCAGAAUGUCUCCAUCCACGACACUAAUACAUCCAUGAGCCUCUCUUGUAUUUGUUCCAUGUGUAAAUAUUGUUAUUGCAAUGCAUUUAAAUGCAAUGUAGUUCUACUAAAAUAGGUUUGCAAUAUAAACUAAGGUAAAUAUAAGUCAAUUUAAAUAUCAAAUGUUUAAAAAUGCUCUUAACAGGAAAUGACAGCUAGAGAUUUGAAGAAAGUUUUCCAUUUAUUUAUUUAAAACAUUUUUAUACCACCCUUCAUCAUAUCAGAUUUUAAGGUGUUGUAUAUCAUAAAACAGGGUAAUUAUCAAAUAUCGGUAAGUAAGCUAUCAGAAAAACAACAACCCAGAACAUAAGCCUCAUACUGUUUUAUAACUGAGCUGAAUGCAGAUGGGAUACUAUUUAAUGAGAUAUAUUAUACUUCAUUUCCCUGUAAUUGAGUAUUUUCUCUUUCUCUGAGGUGAUAUUGCCACAUGUUUGCUUCCAAUGGAGUGCUUCUGAAAUGCAUCCUACUAAGAAUACAUAUUGUAUGGAAGCUGGUCAUCCAAGUUUAGUUUUAUGGAAAAGCGUUUUCCAGUGCCAGCCUAUGGGAAUGGCUGACACAAUGGCUAAUUCUAAUGCAUGUCUUCAUGGGAAUCAUUCCAAAAACACUCGCUUGGAGCGACUGGAAGAGAUUCUAGACAUAAAAUAUAGCAACAACUAGCAUUAGGAAAUUAGAUGGGAUGGGUAUGUGUUAAAGUGCUAAGAAUAUUUCCUUUGAUAGAAAUGAAUGGCUAGAAGUUAGAUACAUUCCCAACAGCAUUAUCAAAUCAGGAAGGAAUUUUCCCCCAGGUUAUUCUGAAGGUUUCUGUCUCCCUUGUGGUUCAAAAUACACUCUCAACAGAAUGAAUCAUCCUUAUUUUAGGCAAUACUUACAACAUUGCUUUGGACACAAUAGAGGGCAAGUUGGUUGAAUUGUUGCAAGGAUCUAAGUGCAGUUCUUCCAAACAACACUCCAGCUGCAAUUAAGAUUAUAGAUACUGUAUUAUUAUUUGCGAGGUAGGGAAAAAGUGUUAUGUUAUUUUCCUCUUUCUAGUACAUGCAUGCGGAACCUCUGCACUGGGCAUUCUCCUGGAAUGACUCCCUAGGCUGGGAGUUGGGGGUCUGCAGAUAUAGGCAACAAUCCCUGAUUUGCAUGGGGGUUGUAUUCCAGAUCAUUAUGCGUGGUGGCAGAGCGUCUUUAAGCCUACCCCAUUAUGCACACUUUUCCUGCCACUUCCGGGUUCGCGGCGGUGCGCAUGUGCAUGGUCGUAUGUGCUUUGAACGUGCGCAAAAUGGUCAUUUACUAUUGCAUGUCAAAAUAUAUACCUUUUGUGCAGAGUGGAGAUAGAACUCCCAUACUACAGUGGCUGAUGACUCUCCACAACAAUGACCUUAUGUGAAUGUAUCAAAGGAGCCAUCCCCAUGGAAUUUAGCAGGGGUUACUUCUGAGUAAUGUAUAAUUGCUGUGACAUAAACCCACACUAGAAAUUGUGGGUUGAUGGCAGGGACCCCCCCCCCCAAGCCAAGGUUGAUUUCCUCAGAAGUAAGGUAAACCUCAUUGAGUUCAACAAGACUUAUACCCAGGUACACAGGGUUGCAACCUACAUCACCCAUCUCCUUUAUUAGUCAUACCCAGUGGCGUAGCGUGGGGGGUGCAGGGGGGGCCGGCUGCACCGGCCGCAACAUCUGGGGGGGGCGCUCACACUCGCAGCUCUCUGCCCCUACCGGGUUAGGGGGCACAAAUUACUUGCCUUGCCCCGGGUGCUGACAACCCACGCUACGCCACUGGUCAUACCUAUGAAUUGUCCCCAUAAGUUCUGGAAAUUCCAUAGAAGCUCAUAUUUCUUGAUGUGUUAUCUGAAGAGGUUGAUGGCAUUCAUACCGUUAGGAAUGAUAAGUAAUGUUUUCCUACUACCCUGUUUAACAAUUGCAACUGAUAAUGUCACUCAACAGCAGUUGUUGGGCGAGGAAAAAUAGUACAAGAUGUUUUCUCAGCUCACAUUCCAGAUAGAUCAUAGUUCUAUUAAUAAAAACUAUAUAGGAACAUCCUAGCUUUCUAGGUAUAAUAGAGCUCUAGCGGUCAUGAAAGGAAUAUGGCACACGGUACCCAACACAUAAAAACAGCAGGGUUUAGCAUUUUAUUUUUCUUAAGCUGUGUAGUCAACAGCUGAGCACUGUGGUUUUACAUGAGCUUUUUUCUUAAAAAACAUGUCCAUCAAAUGAUUAAUAUGCAGAGAUUUGUUGAGAUAGUAUAAUGAGAUGAAAAAAUGGUUUAAAAUAACAUCCCCCCAAACCCAGAAGCAUUCCUUUUAGGAAUGAUGCAGAUGGAGGUUCCCAGAAGUCAGGAGAGAAAAAAUUAUAUAUGCAACUACAGCAGCUCAGAUUUUGUUAGCCCAAAAAUGGAGGGUGGGAGAGGUCCCUAAGAAGGAGGAAUGGCAACUUAAAAUGAUGGAAUAAGCAGGGUUAGCAGGCCUAACCAGCAGAAUAAGAGAACAAGAAGAUUAAGUCUACAAAGAGGAAUGGAAAAUCUUGGUAGAAUAUUUGGGAAAUAAUUGUAAACAAGUGAAAAUGCUAGCAGUAUUAAGGUAAAUUCAACAGUAUAAAAAGAUGAGGUAAUAUGAAAAUAGGGAUGGGAUUAAAUGGUUGUAAUGGUUGUAAUAGAAUAUGCAGUAAUAAUGGGAAAAUUAACCAUGAAAAGAAAAGAAACCACGGAAAGAGAAGAAGAUAAGUCAAUGAAUGUAUUAUUAUAAUGGUGGGUAUUUAAUGGUGGGAAAUGUAUAACUGAAAAUUUCAAUAAAAAUAUCUUUUUAAAAAGAGAUUCGUUGAGGUAUAAUGAGUUAGUUGCAUUCAUAUAGAUGGUUGAGGUUACCACUUUCCCCAUUUGAAGUGGACUUUCCCUUGUCAAGAUCUUGAACUUGUGAAUAAAGCCAUAAAAUCUCUUAAUAUGUGCAUCCCUUAUGUAGUAUUCAUGCAGGACUGCUUUCUCCCUUCCUUACUCUGACUCACUGGGCAUUUUUGUAGGCAUGGAUUCUGUUGCAUAUGCUGCAUAGAGGGUCAAGGCCUUCGGACUGUGUAGUGUCUAGGGCCAUCAAUUCCUGAAAGACAACGUUUUAGUACCUGGGAGGGUCCUAGGGGCAAAGCCUGACAGGUAAAGCAGCUACUAUGUGCCAUACUUUACAGAGGGCAGUCUUCUCUCUGAAGGUUUUCUGGUCCAAGACCAGUUUAACAGUAAAUAACCAUAAGGGAAAGUAGGAACCCUGAAGUUCCCUAUCAACAAUUAGCACCUGAACAGCAGACUGAACAGACAGGCCACCUAGUCAGUCUUUCUCAUUAUAGUGAGAUGAAUUGUAUUUCUUUUAAAAUUAUAUUAAGUAAUUCUGAAUCUGCAUCUAUAAAUACAAAUUAGCAUAUGAAAAACACAAGCAAAUAUUUACUAUUGUCCUUUUUCAGGUGAUAUAUUUCCUCUUUUUGGCAAUAUGCAAGUCAGGUUCCUGCUGGCAGUCUCAAAGGCCAGUAGCUGGGGUAGAGCCCUGUACUCAUGGGCAGAAGACAAGUGAAAACACUGUGUAAUCUAGGUAUAGACCUGUUCCAUGUGUUUACUUGUCCCCUGCCACCAAACAAUACAUUCAUCCAUGAUAUCAAGCCAUCAUCACAUAUCAUUCUUACACAAUCCAGACUCCAACGGUGUCACAAAGGAAAAACUAAAAUUCCAUUUAUAACUCAAACAGAUGAAUCUAAUGUUCACAUUAAACCGCACCCACAAUGCACUUACAUUGUUAAAAAUUAAGAUUGCCUUCUAGAAAACACAGAAGCGGAGAUACUUUCUGAUCGUUUUUCAGAUUAUGGCAAACGACUCAAAAUCUAUACAAAGCAGAUCUCUUUCCUUCUUUUUCCCAUGCAGGUUUGCAUCCUCCCUUUCAUUCAUCCAUUCUGUCUCACAGACAGACCAUAAUCUCUCUUUCACAUGUACACACUCUCUCUCUCAUUUCCCCAUAGUCUGUAUCUGGUAGCUGUUGCUGCUUUGUUCAGCAGUAGUUAUGUGAGAUGGCUCCUUUCAUUCAUGUAGGAGGUCUGAGGAUCUGUGCGCUAAGAUAGGGGCUGGAUCUGCGAAACCAUCCAACUAAGACAGAGAGCAGGCAUGUGGCAAGAGGUUGACUGGUUCAAUGAAGCUGAAUGGGCUAGCCCAGUUGUUCCUUUUGGCCUUUACUGUCCAUCAUUUUUAUCCUCCCCCUCCCCAAUAAAAUCCAGAGCAAAUGAGUAGCAAAACAAUCAACCUGACACUCACCACCACUCACAACAGGGAAGGAGAGUGGUCUAAAGUAUGGCAUGAGCCAUAUCAGUGAUUGCGUGCCAAGGCCCCAUGACCCGCAGUUCCCUAGUGGAUAAAUAAACACACAGACAAGUGGAUUUUGGUUUAUGGGUUUGAAUAGGCCACAACUUUAUCAGUUAUAGAUGUGAGCGGUUUGGCCUUAGGCAUUGGGUGAAGCCAGACUAUAUAUUGACUCCUGCCCAUCUGCCGGGAGACCAGCUAAGGGUAAAGCACCAAUAGGGGGAGUCCUAUGACUUGAAUGGCCCCUGGCUGUGCCGCAGUUUAAAUUUCCUGUGGCCACGCCUACAGCUAGCACUGAUUCGUCAGCGGGGCUGCCCCUGGACAGAGCCCCACCCAGCGCUGGUGACAUAGCUGGGCAGUGACAAUGAGGGGGCCGAUCUCUGCCCCCAGCCGGAUCACUGCGGAGCCCGAUGCCUGGCUGAAAUGCCACCCACCAGAAAAGGUAAGUGGACUUUUGAAUGCCUUUCUCAUCAAAUACUUCCAGCUUUUCUGUCUCCCAGAAUAAGGAUGUUCCUGCACACGUAUGCAGAAUUUAAAAUGAAUGAAAAAAAUACGCCAUAAAAAAAAAAUCUGGUUGAAAAAAGCAGCAAGGAGAAUGAAAAGGGGGGCUGUGAGAGGGGCUAGAAAGGGGAGAAGAUUUAAAGCAGGCAUAGGCAAACUUGGUCCUCCAGAUGUUUUGGGACUACAACUCCCAUCAUCCCUAGCGAAAAGGACCAGUGGUCAGGGAUGAUAGGUGUUGUAGUCCCCAAAACAUCUGGAGAGCCAAGUUUGCCUAUGCCUGAUGUAAAGGUUCAAGAUAUGUGAUUUGGCCCCCAGGUGCAAGUGUCCUACUCCCCACAUUAAUCCAUCCUUUAGACAACACUAGAUUUGCUAACAUUUAUGGCCGGAAUCAUAAAUGCAUUGGCACCUAGAAAAGCUUAAGUUAGUUAAACAGGACCACAAGAUAAGUAAGCUUCUUUUACUGGGGAUACCACUACUGUAAUAAGAUCAUUACUCUGGUUAAUCUGUGUUGUAACUUUAUCCCAGAUUAGUCUCUUCUGUUUGCUUGUUCAUGAAGAUUUUCUUCCAGCACUACAAGGGGGUUAUUUAGUGCCAUGCCAAAAGAGUAUUUGCUCUGGUUUACUAACAUUUACAGUUUAUGCUCCUGUUUGGGUCAACACACGAGAAGGUAGUUUAAUAGCUCUUUACAACUGUUACUAAAGCUUAGUCCUUUCCCCCAUAAAUUGUGGCUGGAGAAACCCAGCCAGAUGGGCAGAGUAUAAAUAAUAAAAUCAUCAACAUUAUUAUAUCUCACAAUGUUGUUAUUAAUAUUAUUUAUUAAAUGUGUAUACUGCCCUUCAUCUGAAGAUCACAGGGUGGCUCACAACCCAAAAAGAGAACACGAAAUACAUAAUAAAACAAAAAUAAAAGCAAACCAAUAACGCCCCCCAACACGUUUAAAAGGCCAAAAUAUUAAUCAGCAACCUAACCACCAAAUUCUGCACCAGCUGAAGUUUCUGAAGAAUCUUCAGAGGUAGCUCCACGUAUAUGCGUUAUAACUUAGAGGUUACCAGAGCAUAGAUGACAGAAGUUAGGCUGCCCCAGUUCAGAUAGGGUCACAACUGGGCCACCUUCUUAAGCUCUGUGCCACUGAGGCCACCUGAACCUCAAAAGACAGCGAAGGAUCCAGGAGUACCCCUAAGCUUCACUCGCUGAGAGGGAGUGUAACCCCCUCUAGAGCAUGCAACCUCCUUUCCAUCCAGUCUAGGGAACUGCCCACUAACAGUGCCUCAGUGUUAUGUGAAUUGAGCUUCAGUUUGUUGGCUUUCAUCCAGUCCAUUACCAAGGCAAGAAAAGGUCUAGCACAUCCACUGCCACACCUGCAGAUGGAAAGGAGAAAUAGAGCUACGUGUCAGCAUAUUGCUGACAACGUACUCCAACACAUGAGAUAAGCUUACUUAGCAGUUUCAUGUAGAUGUUGAAGAGCAUAGGGGAUAAAACUGAACCCCGAGGAACCCCACAUUGAAGGCUCCACAGAGCUGAGGAGCACUCCCCAAGCAUCACUCUCUGGAAACAACCAUCCACGUAGGACCAGAACCACCGCAAAGCGAUGGUACUCACCCCUAACUCAGACAGCAACUCCACAAGGAUAACAUGGUCAAUGGUAUGAAAAGCCACUGAGAGGUCGAAAAAAAAUUAAUAGGGACACAUUUCCCCUGUCUCUCUCCCAGCAGUGAUUAUCAUAUAGGGUGACCAAAGCAGUUUCCGUGCCGAAACCCGGCUGAAACCCUGAUUGAAGGAUCUAGAAAAUCUGUUUCCUCCAAAAGCACCUAGAUCUGGUUACAAUCACCUGCUCAAGAACCUUGCCCAUUACAAUAUUAAUAUUUCAGUUUUGCAGUAAAAACUUGAAAAUACUCUGCCCAUUGCAAAAUGGCCAAAAAUUGCUUUAUAAAUUAAUUUGCAAAAUGCUUUACAAUUGUUAUUAUGCUUGCUUUCAAAACAUUUCUGGGUGACAGAUCCCUACUGUGCCCUCCCCCCCCCCUUUACAAAUGGAGAACCAACAUAACUUUCUUUCUAGGACAAGUGUAAGUGAGGGGGAGGAAUCAAACACCCUCUUCCAUUUUAACUCGUGUAAACAGACCCAGGCUGCAGCUAAGCUGAUUCUUUCUUGUUUUAUAAAUAGAACAUGCCAAUGCAAUCCUUUCCUUCCCUCACUCUAGCUGCCCGUCCUGCUAGUAAAUAUUGCAGGAUGGUGUAGUAGCUAUUUUACUGCAAGUACAACCAGACAGCUUGUGAGAAAAUGACAAGGAAGGCCGAGAGCAGUUAGCACUUUGUGGACAUUCCAGAGGGAAGAGCAUCUGCAUUAAUGACACACAGGCUUUGGCAGGAGGGAAGAGAACGUUAAAAUCAUGUCCACAAACACUGCGGUUCAGAGGAGCUGCUCUAAACAGAAUCUCUCAAAGAGAAGCCUAGAAUGCAUAGGGGAGUGUUCUGCGAAACGAAAAGCUAGCUGGGGUAUUCUCACCAGUCAAGGUCAGUACAGCAAUCAUUUCAACAAGCCGAUGGAGGCUCCAGAAUUUUCUAAUGUGAACCAUUUUUGCAAGAUCAAUUUUAUAUCGUGACUGUAUUCCUAAAGUAAAUAUUUCAAUGUAAAUAUUAAUUUGUGCUAUUGUAUUAUAAUAGAAAGAUAGACACAGCUUUAAUCUAGUUUUCUUUUAGUGUGAAAUUAGCUACAGCAUGUUUUGUCUGAGGUAUGCUUUUGCAGAUGUUGAAGUCACAUUCAAUAUACAGCAAACCAAAUGCCAGUGUUGCUAAGUACCAGGGACUGUUUACAGAUCUGAAGGGAUGGAGUGACCUUAUAUGUAAAUUGUAAAUAUACAUGGGGAGGUAAACAAGGCAGGAGACCUUGUAAGAACUACAUGUGACAUGCAAAUACUGCAGAUAUUAGUUAAUAUUAUAUAAUCUGUCUGUGUGCACCUGCAUUCAGAAGCACUGUGAUGCAUACAAAAUAAGUUUACAAUAACUAUGAAAGGAGCUGUGAAAUUUGUUUUAAGUUCCUGUCAUUUAUAUGCUACCAAAAAUCAAUAAACCUGGGUCCCCUCCACCUGAGUAUCAGUUUAUUUCUGGAUUGGGUUCCACUUUGGAAUCAUUAUUGAAAUAUAUAGAUUCAUUUAUUAGAGACUUGGUUCCAGCUUAGGGUCAAACUAGAUGUGAUGCUAACUAACCACAACCCAGAAUUCUGGGCUUGGAAACCCCCCUCCCCCUAAACAAACAACAGCUGCCAUGGAGGCUCUGAUUCAGAUUUGGAUUGUGGCACAGAGAAGGUUUUUACCCAUUUCCUCCAUGCCAAUUUCCCUGCCCCCAGGUGUUACUAGUCAUGGGCAGAACAAUCCUACCUGGAGUCUGAGGGGAAGGGAGGAAUGUUGUGACAGAUCUAUCACCACAUCCGAAGCCCCAUCAGAUUGUGCAAACCAUGGUGGAAGGUGGGGAGCAGGUAACUUCACAAUUUCCCCCUUCACCAGCCUAGGAUCAGGCACGUCAGGGAUCUAUGGGUCUUUGGAUCCAGUGGGUGCAUUCUGCUUUUUACCACCAGUGGUAGCUUUCCAUCCUCUAACAUUGCAAUGCCCCCAUGACUUGUGGCACUACUAUCCACAGGUACAGGGAAGUGCCAGUCAUACUAUUUAUCAUGAGGCCACUAGGCUGGGACAUACCACAGCUUUCCCAGUUGGAGCAGGUCUCAACUGCAGCAAAUUAAGGCAUAAACGCCUGUUGGAAAACUGCCAAAGGCAGCCUCCACAGAGGCAAAUAAGUCCAUUUUGCAAUGCCUCGUGAACGUGUUAGGAGAAGCCCAGGUAGCUGCCCUAUAUUUUUCUAACAAUGGAGCAAUUUGUAGAAAAGGCGGCUGUGGUUGCUGCAGACGUGGUAGAAUGGGAUGUUAAAUUAACUGGAUGGUGUAAUUUAAGAGUAUCAUAUUGAUACACACUCUGAUCCAUCUAGGCAAAGUGGGUGAGACUUUCCCCCUGCAUAGAUAUAAACAGGGUGUUUAUGUAUUUUAUCCUAGCAAUAUACACCUUUAGUGCUCUACAAACAUCCAGUGAGUGCCAAGCCUUUUCCAACAGAUGGGAUAUAUUCUCUAUAAGAGGAUAUCUAUGUAAGAUAAUAUAGGUUUAAAAUAAACAAACAAGCCUAAUUCUUGUAGUUGAUGCAUUACCAGAUUCAAAAGGUCAGAUUCAAUAACAUUUUGCAUUCUGGAGUUUAAUAAUCUGAAACUCAUAUUAAGAUGAUCAUUUUAAGGCACCAGGCAAAAUCCAAUGUUAGUCACACUCAGAGCAGACCCUUUGGUAUGUAAUGCACAGUGGCUGCUUUCAGAUACCACAUACUUCAACCCUCCAGUUGUUGUCUGGAGCACUGGGAAGAAGAACAUGCCUCCUUCCUUCCCAUUUCCUCACCAAGCCAAGUUUGCAAAAUACAAUUGACAAUCUUCGUUUGGAGGAAUCACCUCUAGUUUGCUGGUUCAGACAUCAAUAAGAAUCUGUUUUGGCAAGCCAGAAUGUGCUACAUUAGGCUGGAGGUGUCAGAGGAGGAGGGAGUUGUGUGCACAGAACAAAAUCCUGAUCCAAACCACAUAGACUGUGGGAUCAGAGCAUGUGACAUAUGAAUGCUGUCAGAAUACCUUGGUGUUAGACUCCUUUUGAAAGAAAUUAUGUAGGAGGAGUAGGAAAUAGACCUAAACAGCAGUACUGUAAGAAAAAGGUAAAGGACCCCGGACAGUUAAGUCCAGUCGCAGGCCGAGGGAGCCAGUAUUUGUCCGCAGAUAGUUUUUCUGGGUCAUGUGGCCAGCAUGACUAAGCCGCUUCUGACGCAAUGGAACACUGAAACCAGAGCAGUGCACGGAAACGCCGUUUACCUUCCCGCCAGAGCGGUACCUAUUUAUCUACUUGCACCCCUCUUUUUUGGCAUGCUUUCGAACUGCUAGGCUGGCGGGAGCUGGGACCGAGAAACAGGAGCUCACUCUGUUCCGGGGAUUCAAACCGCCGACCUUCUGACUGGAAAGCCCAAAAGACUCAGUGGAAGUGGUGGAGCUUCAUGCUCCAGCAUCGGGGGGGGCGGAGAGCAGGCGGGGGCUGGAGCGCAUCCUGGGGGUGGGGCACACUGCCUGUAGGGGCGUGGCACACGUCCUGGGGGCUGGGCGCACUGCCUGCGGGGGCGUGGCGCCCAGCACGGGUGGGGGGCAGCCAUGAUGGCACCCUGCCAGGAUCACGCUGCCAGGGGCGGGGUGCCCCCCCCGCACUCCUCUUCCUCCACCAGUGCUCAGUGGUUUAGACCACAGCGCCACCCGCCUGCAGUACUGUAGAAGGGGCAAUUUAACCCUCUCUCUCGUUAUAUUUUCCCCCUCCCUCUAACCCUCCCAUGCCAUUCACUUUCCCCGUGCGUCUGUUGUAUCAGCAGGCACAGCUGAACGUCGUUCUUGCUGAAAAUUUGGUCUCUUUUCAGUAGUCCACGCCCUUUUAAGUCGAUCCAACCUCUAUACCUGUUUGUACUAACGUUGUUGUUGUUUAGUCGUGUCCGACUCUUCGUGACCCCAUGGACCAGAGCACGCCAGCCACUCCUGUCUUCCACUGCCUCCCGCAGUUUGGUCAAACUCAUGUUGGUAGCUUCGAGAACACUAUCCAACCAUUUUGUCCUCUGUCGUCCCCUUCUCCUUGUGCCCUCCAUCUUUCCCAACACCAGGGUCUUUUCCAGGGAGUCUUCUCUUCUCAUGAGGUGGCCAAAGUAUUGGAGCCUCAGCUUCAGGAUCUGUCCUUCCAGUGAGCACUCAGGGCUGAUUUCCUUCAGAAUGGAGAGGUCUGAUCUUCUUGCAGUCCAUGGGACUGUACUAACAUACAGCAUUUAUAUGGUUCUAUGACACAAAUUACUUUUAAGCAGCAUUGACUUAUACUGUGCACUUAAACACAUGCUUAAAUCCCUCCAAUGUAAAUAAAUCUCAAUUGAACAUACUUAGCUUUUCAGUGCUUCACGGAGUAGAUCAAGCUAAUACUUCUAGUCAGAGGAAGAGGAAUGAUACAGGUAUGUCACUUAAAACUUGUCAGUUUAAACAAGGAGCAUUGCAGAUAUCAUUUGCUAUUAAUAUAACUGCCAUUUUGUUAAAGGGUAGAAUUUGAAUCUUUAGAAGACAUUAUUAUAGCUUUGAAUUUGAUUGGAGACAGAUUACAAGUUUGUUUCUGUAUAAAUCCAUUAACCAGCCCACUUCAGUGGGUCAAAAUACAUGAGACACCAGAGAUUCAUGGCCAUCAUAUCUCCCAACAAAUCCUUAAACACUAGCUGAUGUCCUGGAGCAGCAGCGUUGAGAAAACAGGAUUCAAUCAUCCUCCUAGUCUGGAUUUCCUGAUCUCCCAUCUCCCAAAACUUCACAGGGUGGCAGAUAGAAGUCCCUGCAUUUUUCUUUUGCAACAAAACUAAUAGCCACUCAAUGGGGUGCAAUUUAGGUUGAGAAAACUGUGCAGAAAGUUUAAGCAUCACUCCUUCAGUACCAUUGCUCAAAUUCAAAUUUGAGCCCUCAGCCAGUAUUUUAAGUUAAGAAUAGAAACGAUGAGAGAUAUGACUAAAGAUCUGUCACAUCCUGUGGAGCUUGGCUUUAUUGCUCAUGGUUAAGGUGGCAGAUCCAAAAAACCUAAAUGGAUUGGCAUGUGUCAGUGGAAAGAUUGGCAUGUGAGCAUUAGGAUAUUCAUAGAACCAAUUAUCUAUUAUAAUCAUACAUAAUAAAUAUUAAAAUAGCAAUGGUGCUAUUUAUCUGAUUACUUGCAAGUAUUUCAAUGCACAUUUAGGCUGCAGUUUCUAGAAAUAAGUCCCAUUAGGCCUGGCUUCUGAAUAGACCUGUAUACCUUUAUGCACUAUAUAUCUUGUACAAUAUAGUUUACAUUUUCUAGAUCUCUCAAGCUCCUUUCGCUUUCAAAUUAAUUACUGUAGGGUACUUUUUUAAAGCUCUGUAUAAGAUAUAUACGACGCCAAUUCCUACUGAUUUUGUUGGAAAAGGCAAGCAUGUGCUUGUCUCUCUCCAACAGAAAUAAAUUGGUUUUAAAAGUACUUCUCUUUGCUAGAGCAUGUCUGUUGUCAUGGUGAAAAUGAAAGAUGAGAGGAGAUAUUCAUAAUCAUGUGGUAUAUCUUUAAUUUGGGACAUUUUGAUUAGAAUUUCACAUGCUGGGAUUAUAAUGAGCAUUGUGCAAUAACUUUAACAUGGCUCCUGAAUGGUGGAAAGGUGUAUGGGAACAGGAAACAGCCUUGCAGUCUUCCAUCUAGUUCUGGAUAGUCUACUACGUACACUCAAAGGCAGUAGCUCUCCAGGGUAUCAGACUCCUUCCCUGUCCUGCCUGAAAAUGCCAGGGACUGAAUUUGAGACUUUCUGUCCACAAAGCAAGGACUCUACCACUGAAUUAAUACAGCCCCUGCUCUCCCUGCUGCAGAUGGGCAAAUACUUGCUAACGAGGAAAAAAUAUUUCUGUUUCUCUCAAUUCUUAGGUAUUUUUGUCCCCACAGCCUUCCCUUACAAAUUCCUUACCCAUCACUUCUGGGUCCAUUAAGCUUAGCAGCCCUCUCACCUUAAGGAAGCAUCAACAUCCUCAUACAGUUCCUGCUGGGCCGCCAAUCAUUCACCCACAUUUCUGAGGACAACUGCAGCAGGGGGUAAACAGGCCAUGUCUACAAAAUCCCAUCUUGUAUCAGAGUAAAUGGAGAUGGAAUGUCUCUGCAGACAAGAUCCCACAUGCACCUAUACGACUGCUUCGAUCAGCAGAACUGGCACUGUUACAAGUGCCACAUAAUACCGAUUUUCACAUUUGGAAGAACUCAAUCUUUUAGUGUGGCAGCACCUACACUUUGGAACUCCAUGCCUAUUGAAAUCAGGCAGGCGCCUUUGAAAAGGGCCCUCUAAAAAUAUUUUUGUUUAGAUAAGCCUACCCAGAUAUUUAGAAAGUUGUUGCAGGUUUUAAUCUGUUUUUAGUUUAUUGUUACUUUAACCUUUCUAAAGUCUUGAUUUAUUGUUGUCAAUUCUUCUUAUUGAAUUUUUUCGUUGUUUUUUUGUAAACCACUUUGAGAUUUUUUUACAAUCAAACUAUAUAAAUUUCAUAUAAAUAUGAAAUAAAUAAAAUAAAUAAAAGCUGAUCUUACAUGUUGGGCUUCCUUUCUAGCAUGGCUAAUGAAAGAGAACCAUAUAAUCCUAUAGUAUAUUAACUUAGGUCUUCCACAAUACCUGCUUUUGCCAAAUGUGUGCUAAUUGUCUUAUAACUUUUGCCAAAUGUGGACUAAUUGUCUUAUAACUUUAAAUAUAGGGGUCAUGUAGUUAAACUUUUUAUUAUAUAUAAAUAUAUAUGGAUAUGACAGGAAACAGCUCGUAUAGGCUAUGUUUAGCAUAAUUUAUUAGACAAAGCUUCAUUUGAUUUUUGAUUCAGACCCACUGGAAACAAUCCAUAUUCAUAAUGAAAAUGAUAUUUUUUUAUUACACGUUUAACUUGUAAAAUGACUUGCAGCUUUUAUUACAUUUGCUCCCACAACAAUCCUGUGAGGCAGAUUACAAUUCUUCCCAUUGAGCUGAAGCUAAGAAAUUGCCUUCCUGAAAACCACCUGACCAAUUUAUAGUGGAUGUUUUGAUUUGAAUCCAGACCCAAUUCUACAUCAAGUUAUCUAUUAUAAAAUGAAACAACAAUUAUACUUUAUUUAAACUAUGCAUUAUUAUAUUUAAACUAUGAAUUAUUUCAUGUACUGUGUUUCUAUGGAGCAACGAAAGCUGGCUUAUUCCUAAACUCAGGGCUUUGGAUAUCUGUUUACUGCAGAGGCUUUACAGGUGAAAGUUCAUAUUAUAAUGAGUGCAGAGCUCCUUCUAAAAUGGCUGAAGUGUAUUAAUAGGCAGCAGCAAAAGGAAGAGUUUUAUUUCCUUGUUUAACAUGAGCCGGAUUUAUAAUUGCGAUUGGCUGGAAAUGCCAUGGGGAGAUGGAGAUUUAGGUACUGUAUACAUUUCUAAAUCAUUCUUUGUACUUGACUGUUCGUUAUAAUUCUUAGCCUUAUCUCUGCAGUACUACAGAACUGUAUACUCCAGUAAAUUAGAUACCAGCUGGCUUGGAAUGCAGAGUCUAAAUAUAACUUGAAGUAGUUUGCACUUCAGUCAGAGAGAAAAGAAUCACAGGGAGAUUGUUUUUGAAUAAAGAGUAUUUUUGCAACUGCCUUUCUAAAAGGUAUAUUUUUUAUUUGAGACAGCUGGGUACCCAAUCCCAUCUCCAUUACAAAAAAUGGGAAAGCUAUGAGAGCAGAAGGUCACUGAAAAACAUGCAACAAUUCUCUAAAAUAAAUAUACAUAGUGUAUACCAGUAGUCUUAUUACAAUCUACAAGUCUGUCUGCAGUAGAACCAAUCACAAAAAGUCACUACCAGCCAAGACAAGUUGCUGAGUUUCAUACACUCCAACUUAGCCAGGAAGGAAACCCAAUGACCCUAUUUUUCCCUUUGAGAGUGGCUUUUAAAAAUGUUAUUAGUGUGCUCAAGAGCACUUCAGGUUUCAUUAUCAUUUCCGUAAUAAUCUUUAGAAGUUAGCUGUCUUGGAGGGAGGGAGAUGCUUCUUGACUAGUGCAUUUAUACAUAUGUAUACACAGAGACGCAAAACUCCCGUGGACUACUUCCUUCCAAACCACCCGUACAGAUAAUAACAGGGGUGAGGAACCUUUAAGGGCGGCCCUUAAGAUGUUGCAGGACGUCAACACCCAUCAACCCUAAUCACUGAUCAUGCUGUCUGGAAAUUUUGGAAGUAGGCACUCCAAUAACCUUUGGGGGGCCACUGAUUUCCUUCCACUGUUCUAGAUCCAGUUUAAGACAAAACACCCUCUUAAACAGAAAUAGGGAUGUUAACAUGUACAGAAGUGUGUUUCCAUUUUCACCCAUGGAAUGUUGCAAUGUAUACCCUGAUGUGGACAGUAGUGGGCAGAGAUACCCUGAAUGCUUGGUGCAAAGCAGGACUUGGGUUGUUUUCCAGCACCAUGGGAAAAAUAAAAUUGCGUCACUGCAGCAAUGAAAUGUGCAGACAUUUUUCUGCAUAGCACAAGUGAACACAUGUAAAAAGAGGCACAGUAUUAGAUAGCAGAUGUAGCACAGAUUAGGAUAAAUAUGAUUUGUAGAACUGCAACUGCAAUGCUGGAUUCAGAUUUUUUAAAAAAUCUGUGAAGUUAGCAUCUGGGAUCUUUUCCUUAUCCAAAGUUCGAAAUGCUAGAGAGAUGUUAAUAAGGUACUUUAUAUGCUUGCUACCAUUUCCCAGUGCAGCAGCUCUUAACAAAGUCUUAGGGCGGCAGCUCAGUUUGGCAGUAAAACAAAUUGGCACAAGAGAGAGAGGAAUUCUCUGCAGUGAGGAUGCGUCAGUGUGAUUGUAAACAGCAGCCGCUAAUAAUUUGUCGCAAGAAGAGCAACAUUUUCUUCUUGUUUUGUGGUUGUCGGAUAUACAUAUUGAUUAGGAUUUUUAAAGUGCUGAUUGCUUUUCUAGCAUAAACUAAAUGCGGAUUUAGGAUAACUUUCAUAAAUUGUACCAGGACACCCAUGUACCUCAGAAGAGACCUGUUCAAUGCAAUGGGUGGUCACCAGAGUUCUCAUGUUAACUUUUGGCAAUUUUUUUGUUAUCAUCAUAUGAAUACCAUAUUUGGGUCCUAUAUUAAGGUGGACCCUACAUUUUGCUGUUGAAAUUACUUACUUUCUGCAGCAUCCUAGAACUGCAAAACAAAGCACUAUUUCUGCAAGGCAGAGCAAAGAGUUGCAAUCUCCGUCUGGAAGCAACACUGGAUUAUAGAUAUUUCAAGCCACCUUCUGACUAGUCAACUUGCAUUUCCAUUCUAAUGUGUUAACACUCAAGAAAGUACCAUUGAUCUCAAUAAGACUUGUUCUCAAUUAACUGUGCGCUAGGGAUAGGGGAAAUUAGAUUUAGCUUCCUUUGCAAGUGAGGCUUGCAUUUGGUGCCUUUUACGUUUGGCACCAAUUGCAAACCCCUAGGAUUGCUUCCACUCAGGAUGCCUCACUUGAGAACUCUGCCAAAAAUGGGUUUGCAAACCCCAGAACUCCCAAGUGCAGCUGAUCCCAACAGGAGUUGUGCUGACUGGAAGCGGCUUUUGGAAGGGAUCUUCUUUUGCAUUCUGGUUGCAAAGGAGGAAAGGAAAGAAUUGGGAGCGGACACUGAGUGCACUCUCAUUUCUUUCCUUUUGAAGCUGGGUCACCCAACAUCAUGGUCAAAGUGGCCUAUGGGUUGGUGGUGAAGGAAGUGGCCAGAUCCUGUUCCCUAUUUUCAGGUGGGAUCGUGUGAAUUUUUUUUUACUUUAUCAUCUUUUUCUACAUUUACAAAAUAAUUAAUUUAAUAUUUAAAGUGAAGAAUGGGGUUUAGAUUUAAAUAGGAAUUAUGUAGGAUUGGGGUUGUCUAAACAUAAAAUUGAUCAUCAGUUUAUUAUUUUAUAUGAAUUAAAACAUAUCCAUUUUUGUAAUUAAACUAUAUGGUGGUAUUUAUUGUUCCACAGGUUCUUGGGCAGAUCGCUCACCACUGCAUGAUGCAGCAAGUCAGGGACGCCUCCUUUCUCUGAAAACUUUAAUUGCACAGGUAAAAAUGUUAAAGUGUUUCAAUCACAGUACGUUUCCCCUCCCCCAUUCUUUGUUACAAUCCAGUGUUUUAAUAUGAAAAUUACUGACAUUCUGAACUAGCAGGUAAGAGAUAGCUAAACAGCAAAAUUGUAAAUGACAAAAAAAUCUCCAUCCAAACUUAUUAACUGCUCUAAUGUACAAAUCCCACUAUCAACCCACUUCUUCCACCAAUAGAAUUAAUUUAGCAUGAGCAUAUGGGUCAAAGACAUAAACCACAUCUCCCAGCUGCUGAGAUUGCAGGUGGAAAUAAUCCUUCCCUUUUUAUAUACAUAGAUCCUAAUGCCAUCAAUCCACAUGGAGUGCCAACUAUAUCAGGUGGUAUUUACCGUUAGUCCUACUCAGAAUAUAUCCAUUGAAAUUAAUGAUUAAUCUGUGUGGGAUUUAGGUUGUAUUCCACAAUCACCUUCAUGAUUACGCAUGUAGGGGUAUUUGCCAGAAAAAGAGGCAACUUCAUAGCAUGCAGCUUCCCAAGCCAUCCGAAGCCAGGAAAGUUACUGUAACUACUCCAGUCAGUUUAUAACACUGUUUUCUCUAAAACAUUUGUUUGGAUUAACAAUUUAAAAACUUAAAAAAUAUUUUGGUGGACUUUACGAAUGGAAGGAGAGGGGAGGCAAUAUUUGCAGACUCCAGAAUCCACCCAAAAUUAGAGCUGUUGAACCCCAGAACUGGGUGGAAGGUGUAAAAAUUGCUAAUGGAAGUGUCUGCUGGGUCAAAAACCCUUCUGUGAGCAUGAGGGGGCACCAAUUAGAUUUCACCCUUUGAUUUUAGACCUUAUGCUGGCUAAGUAAAGUAUAUUUUGCCUAUACAGUGGUGCCUUGCAAGACGAAAUUAAUCCGUUCCGCGAGUCUCUUCGUCUAGCGGUUUUUUCGUCUUGCGAAGCAACCCUAUUAGCGGCUUAGCGGAUUAGCGCUAUUAGCAGUUUAGCGGCUAUUAAAGGCUUAGGGGCUAAAAGGCUAUUAGCGGCUUAGCUGCUUAGAAAAAGGGGGGGAGCGAAAAAAAUCUCAAGACUCGCAAGACAUUUUCGUCUUGCGAAGCAAGCCCAUAGGGAAAUUCGUCCUGCGAAGCGCAUCGAAAAACGGAAAACCCUUUCGUCUAGCGGGUUUUUCGUCUUGCGAGGCAUUCGUCUUGCGGGGCACCACUGUAAUAUUCUGUCACUUGGACAAACUGGCUUACAGCUGUUAGUUCUUUUCCUGUUUAGGGAUACAAUGUAAAUGCUCUGACCAUUGAUCAAGUGACUCCACUACAUGAAGCAUGCCUAGGAGAUCAUGUAGGAUGUGCAAGAAUUCUUCUUGAAGCAGGAGCAAAUGCAAGUAUUAUUUUCUAAAUAAAAUAAUUUUCUUCUGUAUGUAAGAACAUAAGAAUAGCCUGCUGUAGACCUUGCACUGAUAUCAAUGUACUAUAAAUUGUGGCUGGAAGACUCUCAGGUGGCAUUCAAUGCUUUCAAUGGCAAAUUUUACUAAACAUCGUUACAAGGUGGUAUACAAGUUUCCUACCUCUGUUCCUUUCUUAUCAUCUGCAUGUUGCCAGCUCUUUCAUUCUCCUGAUUUUUCAUCGAUUGAGAGGGGGAGGACGGGGGAAGACAACCUAUAUUCCCAAAGCAGAAAUAUAAUAUGUAAACAAGUAUUUUAGUUCUACUCAUAGCAAUAUCCAAUACUUUAGGUGAAUGCUACAACAAUUGAUGGAGUGACACCCUUAUUCAAUGCAUGUUCAAGAGGAAGUGCAUCUUGUGUAGAGCUUCUACUGGAGUAUGGUGCCAAAGCUCAGUGGGAGACAUGCCUCCCUUCUCCAACUCACGAAGCAGCUAGCAGAGGUAAGGAAAGAGACUAGCUGAAUGAAUCAAAAACUACAUCAGGCAUUAUAAAUCCAAUUCUUAGUUUGAGAGAUGAAUUGCACUCUCUUUUCACUAGGUCAUAGUGACUGUCUAGAACUGCUGAUCUCUCGGGGCAUAGAUGUUGACCAAGAUAUUCCUCACCUGGGAACACCUCUAUACGUGGCUUGCAUUUCACAGCAGAAACAAUGUGUACACAAGCUUCUGCAUUCAGGUACAUAAGGUUAAUUAAUAUAUUUUUACUUUGCUUCUUAAACUGGACCAGAGUUUCAUUGUAAUGCAUAGUGUAUUGUAUUGCUAUGAAUGAACUAGUACAUUUGAUCUGACCACCUUGUUUUGCUAACUUAUCUGCUAGGGUGCAAGUGUAAACAUUCAAAUGUACACAUAUCCUAACACAUGCAUUUUCCUAAAAGGAUAAUCUUGAGGUCAUCUAUCUUGAGAUAUUUACUGGAGAUGACUGUGUGUGCAUAGACAAAAUUACAUUGACUUUUAUAACCUUGUAAAAUUUGAGGGAUUUAGUAUGGACCAUCCUAGUCUGCUCUCUCUGAGGAGCCAACAAUAGGCACACCACGGUUUAUUUUAAAAUGAGUAAAGGUGUAAAGAUGACAACAUGCCAAUGUAAAACAAAUAAAUAGCAGCAAAAGCAGCUUUGUGACUUGAAAUACCACUACAGAAAAGUACAGAAAAUAAUAGGUUAAUAAUGCAUAAACAUGUGAGCCCAGCCAUAUGUUGCCUGGAACAUUUACUUAAUUGAUAUUACAGAGACAGAAGGAAAGAAAUAGAGAUUCAUCUAACAGUGUUUAAAGACACAGCCUUGCUAUGCGGAAAGAGAAAGUCCCAGGGAUUAGAAAAGGUUACAGUCAUACCUUGGAACUCAAACAGAAUCCAUUCUGGAAAUCUGUUUGAAUUACAAAACGUUCGAAAACUAAAUUGUGCCUUCUGAUUGGCUGCAGAAAGCUCUUGCAGCCAAUCAGAAGCCGCAGUAGCCCCAUCAGACAUUCCGCUUCCAAAAAUAGUUUGCAAACAGGAACAGUCACUUCCAGGUUUGCGGCGUUCGGGAGCCAAAACGUUCGAGAACUAAGCUGUUUGAAAACCAAGGUACAACUGCAUAUGUAAAAUAGCAGGUUUUUUGUCUCAUGAGAGCCAGGUUGGAGAUAGACUGGAGGAAAUACAAGUCACAGAGAAGAGUGCUAAGGUUGAGAUUGUUGUUGUUACCUGUCCCAGUGAGAAAGGAAUAAGAUGGUAAUGCUCCAGCUUCUGGAAUUCUUGUUAUGACAAGAAGGAACCCUGUUAAAGAUAGCAAAACAUUCCCCUUUAGUAAGAUAGUGGCUGGUACCUCUCUGUAAGGGUCCUGACUAAUUCCAAAAACAAACUAACAAACAUGGAUUGGAGACAAGGAAGCAUGGAGCAGGUAGAGGUAAGGACACAACCUAGUUAAAGCCUAAAUGAAUGAAAGAAACAGCACACUUCCACAUACCAGGACAGGAGUAGUGCAUUUUAGAAAAUAUUGAUGUGGAGCAGCCUCCCAAUAAAAUGAACAAGUUGGGGGAUGCCAUGUGCACCCAGUUAUGGGGGGGGGGGAGAAAUAUUAUUACUGCCAAACCCUGAAUACAAAAGGAGGUUUUCACAUAGGGCCUGGACUUGUUGACUACCGUUUAGUAGCAAAAUACAUGAGUGAACAAUUCUUAGGACAUCCAUCCAAGGCUACAUUUCCUGUUGACAAAAGGGGGGGUGAGCGUUGACAUUCUUAAGAAAUGUAAAUGGAAUAUUCUUGCCCCGAUGACCUCAGUUUGUUAACAAUGUGCCUCCACCUUGCAAAAAAGAGAAUGGACUUGGAUUUCUCCAGAUGGGCAAAAGGAUUAGUUAAUUUAAUUAGGACAUGUUAUGCUUUCCAGCUGAUAAUCAUUUAUUCUCAGUGGGUUUUGUUUGCUUUUUUGCUGAAUUAAGGGUAUGUUGCAUUAGAUUAGAUACUGGAUUCUGGAAUUAAUUGGGUCAUGGCACAACCUCUUGCUUAUGACUAGCAUGUGCUGGAAUUAUUGUUGACUCAUACACAGACUGGGCCUUUCCUUGUCCAUCACAAGGAUACGCUUAUGGUCUAGCAGGGUCAAAUUAUACAUAUAAUUUUGGGUCAUGUAUAGAAUUCCAACUGAACCAAGACGAUUAGUAAAAAUUUGUUUCGCCAAAAUCAUAAAGCACCCACAAUAAUUACAUUAAGUGUCAUUUACUCCUUCUUCUCACUUACUGUACUUACAUUGUAUUUCUUUUAACCAACCUGGUUUUAAGAUGAAGAUGUUAAUCUAGAUCCAAUUAAUUUAAAAUUCUCUAGGAAUAGGAAUAUACAAUAUCCAUAACUAGCCUGCAUUAUAUGAACUAUAUAGGAUAUUUCAAAUGAUGACAAUUCAGCUUUGCAUUCAUUUAAAUAUUGAGUUCCAUCUUCAGCAAAUCUCAGAAGUCACACUGAUCUUUUAUAAUGUGAGGAUGACAACAUCAGCAUCCACAUCACAUAGCUGAAAGUAAGCCUGUGGUAUCCCCUUUCUCACCUUGCCUUCCAGACUCUUAAUUAUUCUUGUAGCCCACUCCCAGGUCAUUGCCAACUUGUCUUCAACUCGGGGCAUAAAACCGAAAGAGAUUAUAAACAAAUGAGGACUAAGCACUGUUUAGAGUAAUGUUAUUUUUUAUUGAGCCUUGGAAACAAUUUUCUCUUAACACAAAUAAAAUAGCACUUUAAUUCCAUAGCCUAUUGUCUCAAGCAGUUGAUAUCCCUGCCAACUUUGUAUAAUCAGAUUUCAUGUGAAAGGGUGCCUGGGAAUGGUAAUGGAUUGGAUGACUGCCAAUAAACUGAAAUUCAAUCCUGAUAGGACAAAGACUUGGUGAGGGUGUUUGGCCUGUUCUGGGUAGGCUCAUACUCCCUUCUGAAGCAUUAGUUUCAAAGUAUGAGAAUGCCUUUAGAUCUGGUGCUUUCUAUGCAAAUUUAAAUAGCCUUGGUGGCACAAAGCACCUUUAGACCAGGCAUAGGCAACCUCGGCCCUCCAGAUGUUUUGGGACUACAACUCCCAUGAUCCCUAGCUAACAGGACCAGUGGUCAGGGAUGAUGGGAAUUGUAGUCCCAAAACAUCUGGAGGGCCGAGGUUGCCUAUGCCUGCUUUAGACAGCUAAAGCUGGUGCACCAGAUAUGGCCUGUCCAAAAUAAUCCAGAAUUAUUCGUGCCAGUAUUGGAUUAUUGUCAUGUGUUAUACAAGGAUCUAAACUUGAAGACAAUUCCAAAACCACAGUUAGCACAAAAUAUAUCUGCUAUGCUACUUACUUGGAGUACCUUUUGCCAGUCAUUAAUCUUCAUGAUUACUCCCAAAUAAUUUCUGGAGGGUUUUACUCAUCCCUAGCUAAGUAUACACUACAAUCCAUUAUCCUUAACAGAUACAGGGAAUAUACAACAAAACUAAGAAAAUUGUUGACAGGCUUAGCAAUACUUUUAUAUAAAGUAUUUGGUUCCAGUGUUUAGAAUAAUAAUCUAAUUUUUGAGAACAAGAAUUUAGACAUUGUGAUUUGGCUUUGAUUUAAUUAAUAUAAAUUCAUCAUUAAUUAAUAUAUAUUCCUAUUUUUCCUGUUCUAAAUCUAUAGGUGCUAAUGUACAGAAAGGAAAGUUUUUGGAAACUCCACUACAUGCAGCUGCAAAGCAGUCUAGUGCUGAAAUAGCAAAUGUACUUCUUGAGUUUGGGGCAGACAUAAAUGCCAAAAAUACAGAGUUUGAACGACCUGUAGAUGUAGCUACUCCACGGAGUCUGGUGGAAACAGUAUUGCUUCUACAAGAAGGUAAAGGGGAUAUGUUUACAUCAGAGUAGUAACCAUGACUUGAAAAUUUGGAUUUGGCACUUUUAGGGGAGAGCUAUGUAUAAUUUCUGGAAACAGUGAGUACCAGAGCAAAUGACAGCAAAAACCGAAUAAAAUUAAUUGCCAUAAAUUUGAAGGGACAGUGAUAUCCCCCAUUUUGGAAAACAUGAUUGGAACAGAAAUCCCACCCCCACAGCGAUUGAAAAGAUAUACCUGCAUUGGGGGGACAUUUCCAAUCUAAUCAAGGAUGAGGAGGGAAGUGAUAAGCUCCUCCUGAAUAAUUGCAUCCAUAGUAAAACAUCUUCACAUCUGUAAGACAGGCAUUGCCAAUGUAGCACCCACAAGUGGGAGGUGCCCACCAGUACCUCCUAUGGCACCUGUGAAAGGUUUGCCUUUAAAUGUGAACCAAACUGAAGUUCCCUCCCAUUCGGAGUCAAGAAGCUGCAGAGAUACUGAGAACUGCUGUGGGGGUUACAGAGGCUCACUUGGUUGCUGACCAUAGCUUCUUUUAUACGGUUUUAACAAAAGACCCUCAACUACCUCCUCUGUAAGUAAGAUAUGUUAGGAGAGUUUGCAGCUUGGGGAAAUAGAUUGGAAAGAUCACUUACCAUUUCUGGAGUUCAAAGGCUUUAUUUAUGCAGGAAGUAGAGAUGACCAAGAGAGAGCAGACAUAUUGUCUUAACAAGUUGGGAGAGAAGCAAAAUGGCUCAGCUUUUAGAGGGGAAGUUAUCUUAGAAAGAGUCUACUAGGAAGUAACAGUGCCCUCAUGUGGUUUGUAGUAACACAUGCAUUACCUAGAAGCUCAGAGGAAAUAAAUUUAUUUGUUAUUCUCCAGCAAGGCGAGCCAACUCCCACUCUAUGAAAAAUUGCAUAGAAAUCCCUUCCCUGUGAAAACAGAAUUUCCCUAUCCAUUUUUUGAGGGAAAGAAUGGUUCCAAGAAAAUGGAGAAGGAAGUUCUGCUAAACACUUGUUAACAUUGACAGGCGUCUUGUCUGGUGAAGAAAGGUUCCUUCUUCUCUUUCCCCACUGCUACUGAGCUUUGGGUGAAUUCUUCAGAGACUCAUUUUUUAUUUUCCCUCUAUUUUGGUGCUGUCUGUUGCCAAGGGGAGAGCAACACAUUUGAUUUGAGAUGAGACAGCUUCUUAACUUCUUCCUGUAGUCACAUUGAUACUGGGCUACCUUGACCAGCUCUGAACUAGAGUGGUUUUCAUGUCUAGGACAUUUUUUAGGUCUCGGAUAAGUCUCAGAUUUUCAUUUCAUGGAAAAACUGCCAUUCUUUUGCUCUCAUGGAACUGACUCUUCUGUUACAAGACAUUUUAAGUGUGCUGCUGAACUUUCACAUUCAAGUACCUUAUAUGAUUCCUUAAUUAAAUACCUCAGUGCUUUUUAUAGAAAACUGUACUGCAAAAUGACAAAACAUAUGUUGGUAAAAACGGAGGGCACUUCAAAUAUUCAGUUGAAAUAUUUAUGUUUUUUAAUGUUAUGCUAGUCAACUGUGAGUUUGAGCACACCAUAGAACAACUUUUGUCAACCUGGUGACCUCCAGAUUUUUUGAUUGCAGCUCCCAUCAUCCCCGGCCUGGGGCUGUUGAGAAUUUUAAGUCAAAAUAUCUGGAGGAUACCAGGUUCCCAAAGGCUUCCAUUGUAGGUUGUAAUAUAAUUAACACAUUGCAAAUUAUUGAAGUAGUGAAUUGCCACAAUUUCUUUUUCUUUUUAUCUACUUACAGCUACUCCAUGUUCUCUUUGCCAACUGUGUCGGCUACGUAUCCGAAACUACAUAGGAAAAGCCAGGUUGCAUCUUAUACCGCAGCUCCAGUUGCCAACCAUGUUGAAAGAGUUCCUGCAGUAUAGAUAAAGUAGUGACUAAUUUUUCAAAACUUGAAAAAAAAGCAGCCAAGUAUUUUACUAUAUGUUUUAUGUGAAAAACUGUUGAGAUGGGGAAGGGAGGGCAUAAACCAACAUUUACUUACUAAUAUAUAUCUCACAACUGAAGCUACAUUAUAAUCCAGUGAUAUUUGGGAUUCCUUGAGCAACCUGAUGGAGAGGGGCUAAUAUAAUUAAAUAAAAUAGAAUUUGCUUGUACUCUUGAAAUUUGCUGUACACUUUAAUAUAAUGUUCACUGAUCAGCCACUUCAUUUAAUUUUAUCUUCCUUUAGGGGCUUUUGUGGGGACUGUUCCUCACACAGCGGAUGUGCAGGAAUAUGCAGGGAUUCCGGGGUCAGUUACAGCAUUUCCCAACCCCCUGUGUAUUAUUGCUAAGGGAGUUUGCCCGUUUAAAUGCUGUUGCUCUCUAAGGAUCUGCUCUACUCUUCAUUCAUUGGAGGAGGGGGGAUGAAGCUAGAGAAGAAGAUGGGAACUGCAGUUGUCAGGAGCAACAGCCUUUUCAGUGGACUGGAGGCUGGAGUGGCAAUGAAGGUGUACUGUAACCCAAAAACUCUCACAGAAUGUUGUGUAAGUGAGUGUUGUGCAAUGCUCAAGACCUGUACAUGUGUUUAAGAUCUUUUGUUCACUGGCACAGAUGAAUUAUUGUUUGGUUUUGUUAUAUUCUGGUUCAAGGUGUCUUGUUCUGUGUGUAUCUAGAACAAUGGGGUGUUAGAUGCACUCUAUAAAUAUAUAUACAUAUUGAAAGACC